GCCUCAGGGACCAAUUUACAUAUUUGUAGGCGGCGAAUGGACGAUUACGCCGGGUCUGCUGAGCACGGGUCUUACACACGAUAUGGCCGUGGAAAAUGCGGGCAUUCUAUUCUAUACUGAGCAUCGAUACUACGGCCAAAGUUUGCCACAUAACCAUAAUAGCAUGUCUUUGGAGAAUCUUAAGCAUUUGAAUCUGCAUCAAGCCUUGGCAGAUCUUGCGUGCUUUAUCCGAUAUCAGAAGUCACACUCCGCCAAUCUAACACACUCCAAGGUAAUCCUAAUUGGUGGAUCCUACUCCGGCAGCAUGGUAGCUUGGAUGACGCAACUUUAUCCAGAACUUGUAACUGCAAGCUGGGCUUCCAGUGCUCCGUUGCUUGCCAAAGCUAAUUUUUACGAAUACAUGCAAUUCGUCGGAAACUCGAUUAACCUGACCUAUGGCCAUAAUUGUACACAACGUCUAGAGAAUGGAUUUAACCACUUGGUAAAGUUAUUCAACACGAAUAAAAUAAGUAAAUUACUUGAAAGACUGGAUGCAUGCGCGAGUUUUAAUGCAAGUGAUUUGCUGGAUCGCAUAUCCUUCUUCAAUGGCAUUGGCAAUUACUUUGCAUUGGUUGUGCAGAGUUACAGCGAAUAUAUUCCGGCACUUUGCAAUACGCUCAUGUCGCUGCACUCGAGCGAUGAGCUGGCCCUGGAACGUUUUCUGGAGCGGCUAUACUCGGGUGAUGACAAACGGCUCAGGGAAUUCCGCUGUCAGGAUUUCAGCUAUAAGGCAAUGUUGGAGGUGUUCAGCGAUGUUUCGGAUCGCAGCACAGGCACGCGCGCAUGGUUCUAUCAGACUUGCAACCAAUUUGGAUGGUACACCACCACCACCACUACCAACUGCAGCACCAGUGCAUCAUCCUGCAUGUCCUUUGGUAGUCAGGUGCCUGUGUGGUACUUUGAGCAGCUGUGUCGUGAUACAUUUGGACCAGGCCAGACACCGGCAGCGCUGGCCAUGGGCAUUGCAGAAAUGAAUGCCCAGUUCGGUGGGUUUGAAUUUAACCAAAGCGUGGUUUACCGAGAACUGUUCUUCACGCAUGGCGAAUUGGAUCCAUGGCGAGCAUUGGGGCAUCAACUUGGCAAUCAGGCUGUGAUUAUAGCCGGAUACUCGCAUGUGGAGGACCUGGCCAGCGUUAAUGUGCGGGACAGUGUGCAGAUGAAUCUGGUCAAGCUGCGCAUCAUGUCCUUUUUGCGGAGACACGUUGCAUCAUGAAAUGGCUUGAAGUGCUCUUAUCCAUUAUUAAAUAAACAACAAUUUCUUCACACGGAAAUUUCCCUUAGGCGUUGCUCACUGGCCCUGGGCAAACAAAGACAAAUUGAGUGACACUUGAACACAUACUCUCGGAUCUGACGGGUACUUCAAGCUACUCCUCCAAUUGGACGUCCUCACUGACAAAAUUCCGUAGCUGCCAAACAUUGACGCGCUAGCGCUGCUGCUGCCAGACGAGAAAACUUAUCAUUCUCCGGCAGUAGAAUCUGUUCCCGGACUGGCAUGACGUCAUGACGUGACGCCCCCUAGAU